AUGGCUUCCUCGGCCGGUGCCAUCGGCGGCGGCAAGACCAGCGGUCACCAUGCGGCUCGCGUAACAGAGCGGCUUGGCCAGCCCGACUACAAGCGCCGCAAGACGGCUGCCAAAGAAGAAGACAUGCUGUCAGUGUGCCAAGCCGCCCACUUCCGGACGGGCAUCGGUGCCAUGCUGCGAGGACAUACCUUCAACAGCGGCCAGCAGGAGAACGCUGAGGAGGCACAGCCUCAUGGUGCCGACGCCUCAGUCGCCUACAACGCGGGCGCCUGCUGUCCACCGCGGGCGCCUGCUGUCCAGGCGCAGCGCGGGCGUUUCAGUCGUCACAGCGCGGGCGCCUGCUGUCCAGACACAGCGCCGUCCCGCCAGCCCCAGCAGCGUGCCGGCAGGGACGUCCUCUCAUGCCAGUGCACGCGCCUGGUGCUCGGGAUCCUUGGGAUCCUCGAGAUCCGGCGGAUCCGCCUGCCUCUCCGCGCCGCCGACAGCGGGAGACGCAACGGGCAAGAGAAGGCCUCCUCGCGAGGAGUCUCGGUGACGUCACCGAGGCGGCUGCGCUACCACUUCCACGACGCCAGCAUCGCGGUCUGGCGCGUCCGUCUCGCCACCCGACGUCGCGACUGUCACGCGGAGAUCCCACGGAGGCGGCAGGCGAGGACCGGGCAGCGCGAGGGCAGCGCGCUGGGGUCAGCCGGCCUCCAGCCGAGCUUCGACCCCUCGACGCCGAGCAACAUCACUGCGAUGGCUGGCAAGGCGGCGUACCUCACCUGUCGCGUCCGGAACAUCGGCAAUAGAACGGUGUCGUGGAUCCGACAUCGGGACCUGGCCAUUCUGAGCGCCGGUCAGCAGACGUACGCCCAUGACAGCCGGAUGACCCUCUACCACCAGCCGGACAGCGACGAGUGGGUGCUCAGGAUCAAGUACGUGCAGCCGAGGGACGCCGGCACCUACGGCUGCCAGCUGCCGACCACGCCACUCACCAGCUUUCCCAUUGAGCUGAGCGUCGUCGUGCCUCGAACGCGAAUACUCGGCGACACCGAGAUUUACGUGGACAUUGGAAGCACGCUGAACCUCACGUGCACGGUGUCGUACAGCCCGGAGCCCAUCGAGUUCAUCUUCUGGUACCAGAACGAGACGGUGGUAAACUACAACAGCUCGCCGUCGGGGCGAGUGACCAUCGUCAGCGAGCGGUCCACCACCACCAACUCGUACCUGCUGAUCCAGGCCGCCCGAGUGCAGGACUCGGGCAUAUAUACCUGCAGCCCCUCCAACGCCCAGGUGGCCAAGGUCAAGGUGCACGUGCUUAAAGGCGAAAAACCUGCGGCAAUGCAAACAAACGGAGUCGCUGCGCUGUCGGCCUGCGCGUGGCUGGUAGCCAUCGCAACGGUUCGUUGGGUCAUCUGAGGCGAGCUCAUCUCGCGGCAGGUGACGCUGUCGACCGCCAGGUCACAGUGUCAUGACCUCCGAACUUUCCAGUGAGCGUGACGCGGACGCUCCGCUGCCCGUGACGCAGAGCGAGCAGCUGGUGUCUGUGGUGAGAACUCUCGGUCCGGUGGAGAACGGUGGAGAACUCUCGGUGCCAUGGAGGACGGGAGCUCAGGCAGGGCAGCGAAAAGGACGCAGACCUUCAGCAGUGGUCGAAGAACAAUACGGCCGAACAGUACGCGUCGGGCGAGUCGAAGUGGACGCGAAGUCUGUCUAAGCGGAGCUGAGUCGUGAACGGUGGUGGAGCGUCUCUGGCCAGCGAUGUGGUGUCACCAGUUGGGCAGACACUGGUUGCAAGCCGCGGCACCAGGUGUUCGACUGGCCCGGUGUUCCAUGGUUGUGUGCCAGUGCUACAAUCGCCCGAACGGGAACAGGUCGCGAAACGUGCUCCCCCUCCCGCCGACCGCUGGUUCUGUGUUCCCCGCCGAAAUGUUGGGGCUGAAGACUUCCGUGUUGUCUGACCGGCAGACUGGUUGGGUGAUCGGUGAUCACCCGGUAGGCCGGCAGGGACGGCUUCUCUGUUACUGUGACUGAGGGGUAUCCUCGCGUGCGUGAGUCAGGUGGCUCGCACAUUCCGGCGCUGGUCGUGGCGGUCACAGUUUGAGAGGGAUGCGCACGUGCCGUGCCGCAUGGCACGUGCGCAUUCCUUUCAAAUGACGAGACCUCCAUGACGUGCGCCAUAAAUGCGUUUUUCCGACCUAUUCGCGUUUGGUUCUCUCGUCCUGCUGUUUGAAGAUCCGUGUCUGGGAGGUGUUGUGCUGUUGCUCCGUUGCGCGCCAAAGAGCGCGAUGUUCACGCUCGCGCGCGGUUCGGGCCGGUCAGGGCACUGUCUGAGAGGAAGUCUUUUGCAUGAAAGAAGGCAUGAGUGGUAUCUUCUGUACGUUUAAGAAGUGGUUUGGGAGCAUGGUUUGCGUUACGUGAGAUAGACAUGCGCUGCAAAAAAGUCAGGUGGACCAGAGUACAUCUGAUACAGAGUCCCAGAGGCAAAUGGUCCAAAAGUCUGCGUGCCGUGGAAUUGGACGUUUGUCAUGUCUGUGAAGUGGUUGAGUAUUUUGUUUACGAGCUUCAGUGUUCAAGCUGUUUUGCCGACCACGUACAAUUCUGAUGUAUUUCAAUGUGUAAGAGGUGAAUGAGUUCCGUGCGUUCUGUGCGACCUGUGUACGCCCAGCAUGUUGAGCAAAUGUAAACAACCACUUGAAAGAGAACUCCCAAGUCAGCCCCAUCCUGCGUGCCGUGAACUUACGCGCGUUUUGUACUGGCUGCAACUUCCAGACCGGUUGUAUCUCAGGCGCCAAGCGCGUCAUGCCACGCUGACGGGAGUGCCUAUAUCAGUGGCACUUGACCGUCCGGCGGAUUUCAAUGACGUUGCUGGACGUUCUGUCAAUGAGGUCAUGAUUGGAGGUUCAAUGAAUACUUAAUCUCGCAGGACGUUUACGACUUUGGCCGAAUGUCAUCCCAGUGGCUGCAUGUCCUGACUGGGCUUAACGAGCAUGUCACAGGUUAUUUGCGUCAAAAAGGCUUGAAGCAAAUUUAUUACCGCCGGAUAUUGAAGUUUGAGAUAGAUUUAUGGGCAUGUUACACAGACGACCUGCUGGAUUAAUGUAAAGAUGAUGACGUCAUAUAUUGCGUGUUUCCGUCCGCGAUGUCGGUUCUGUGUCAGCUGAAAGAUGGUGAUGAAAAUUUCCUUUGUUCGAGGAUGGAAGCCCUUACAACCACAUUGUGCUCGCACUUUCGAAGGCCAAAUGGUAACAAAGACAGCGUCGCUGGCAUGUUUUGUAAGAAUCUGGUACCUCCUUGCGCGGAGAAAUUGUGGUGGGAAGAUAUUGCAGUCGUGAAUGCCUCAAGCCCUAUUUUAUUCGCGCAUGAGAAAUACA